AAGGUGACUCAAUCAAAACUAUAAACAAAAUCAUUUGUACAGUCAGAAUACUCCAACAAUCAAAUUGAAUUGGAGGUGGGUGAAAAGUGGGAAGACGUUUUUGAGGUGGAAAAUGCAUAUUACUUGAGGACUCAAAGGCAAAGCUAAUAAUGGGAUUGGCGCCGCAUCAAUCUGUAUUCUAUCCAAAAGGGAAAAAAAAUCAAGGUACGUAGUAUAGUGAGUGAGGAUAAAAGGGAGCGAGGAAAGAUUGGGGUGGGGUGGCUCACCGCUCAUGGCUGGCAAGUGGCAAGGCCAGUAAGUAACUAUACACUCCUUCCCUCCCUCCAUCUCUUCUUCUUCUUCUUCUUCAUUAAUGGCUUCUCUUCUACCCUUCUCUCCCCUUAAGACUUGCACACCCAAAGCUUCCGCUUCAACAUCCACCUCCCCUGUUGAGAGUCUUGACCAGAAAUUCGGGCGGAAAGGAAUUAAAUUCUUUGAAUCCAAUUAUAUUCCGAGUGUGGAGCUAACAGUUAGGAAUGGGAGCUCGCUGAAACUUGAGAUACCCAAUGCCCAUAUAACUUCGUACAAGCCCAAAGUGUAUUGGAAAGAUGAUGGAUAUGAGGAGGUCCUUUUCAGUCUUGAUGGUUCUAGAGGUGGCAUUGGUUUGGUCAUCAAUCAGCAAAAUUAUUCCAAUGAAUCUGAAUGGAGCGUAAAGGAUGUUGAUUCUGACUCCAUUGAUGCUCUCCAGGUUGAAUUGAGCUGCAGCAGAGGGAGUCUGGAUAUAAACUAUGUGGUGUCACUCUAUCCCCUGAGCAUGGCCACAGCAGUGAUAGUGAAGAACAAGGGGCGAAAGGCUGUAAAUUUAAGCAGUGCUGCUAUACUCAGCCAUUUUAAAUUCAAGAACAGAAGUGGGGCUGGAGUGCAAGGAUUGCAGGGCUGCACUUACUGCACCCACCCUCCUCCUCCUUCACCUUUUGAAAUCUUAUCCCCAAGUGAAGCUAUGAAGGUUGAGGAGGCUGCAGGUUUGUUUUCUUUUGGGUGGGAGCCUGAAAAGAAGGCAGGAAUAUGGAGCGUGCAGGAUGUUCCUAUCACUGUUUUAAAGCAUAAGGUGAGCAGGGUUUACGCUGCCCCACCAGAAGAAAGAUCUAAGCCAUUUCAUAGGAGCGCGCCUUCAAAAUAUGAAACCAUUGAUCAGGGGCGUGAACUCUUCUUUCGAGUGAUACGAAUGGGUUUCGAGGAAAUAUACUUGUCCAGCCCAGGUUCAUAUUCUGACAAGUACAGGAAUGAGAAUGAGUAUUUUAUAUGCACAGGCCCUGCGUCCAUCUUGGUUCCGCUCACUUUGAACCCUGGUGAAGAGUGGAGAGGGGCACAAGUCAUAGAGCACGAUAAUUUAUGAUUCUCUCAUUUCAAACCCUCAAUCAAUAUUUUCUUCCCCCUCUUCCCAAGCUAAAGCAGAUGCUACAUCCGUUUACUUCUGUACAACACAAGAAUAAUCAUGAUUUUAUUGAGGCUGCGCAUUUGUCCAUCUAACUGAUUGUUUUGAGAUAGAUAGGGUUGAUUCCUUUUUUUUGGUGUACAGGAUGAGGAUGGUUUUGUUUUGACAUCUCCCCAAAUGAUUCAUUAUCAUCAUCAUUACUAUCACAAAAGAUUUGAAACUUUUGUUCCUCUUCUUCCUGAAUUAUGAAAAGCUCCAAUCCACCUUUUUGAGGAGUA